AUGGAUGAAGGUGCUUUAAAUGAAUGUUUCCCCACAUUGUAUAUAUUCCUUCAUGAAAAUAAUUUAAACUUGAUUGAAAAUUAUUUUUCCAAGAACGAUCAACAACAAAAUUGGAUUAAAGAUCCUUUAACUACUGGUCUAUUGUCAGAAAUACCAAUUUCUGACUAUGAACAAUUAAUAGACUUAUCCUCAGAUUCAGCAUCAAAAUCCAAAUUAGCAUCAUCAUCUUUACCAGAAUUUUGGAUAACUAUGAAGAAGCAGUAUCCGAUCGUAGCCAAUAAGGCUAUCAGUAUUUUGAUUCCAUUUGAUUCUUCAUACUUAUGUGAAACGGGUUUUUCGGCCUUAGCAGUUAUUAGAGGAAGACUAAGGGAAAUGAGAAUCGCGCUAUCAAAAUUUACGCCACGAUUUGAUAAUAUUAUACAGAAAAAACAAGCACAGACAUUCCAUUAA